CUUUGUUUCUGUUGCUACGUCAAGGCGGAUACCGAGAGAUUUUCACGUGGGAACCGGCACCUCUGCGUCCCCGUUUAUUCCCUGCACCCACGAUUUGCUGAAAUGGCUGCCGAUGGAUCAGAGCAAGAUGAAGAUCAAAGCAUAGAUGUGAUUGCCAGUGGUAACAUCUUGGAGACUUUUACUGAGAGUGCAGAGACCCGUGACCUAAUUAGUAACCUGCGCACGGUUUGGGAGGAGCUGGUGAGCCGAGAAGUGUGCAUUCAGAGGUUUGUUGUUAUAAUGGACAAAUACCAGGAGCAGCCACAUCUCUUGGAUGCACACUUAGAGUGGAUGCUGGACAUGCUGUUGGAUAUCAUUCGAGAUCCUAAUUCUUCUUCUGUUCUUAUUCAUAUGGCUUUUAAAUUUCUUUAUAUAAUUUCUAAGGUCCGGGGUUAUAAAACCUUUCUCCGCCUAUUCCCACAUGAAGUGGUUGAUGUCCAACCGGUACUAGAAAUGAUUUCAGCACAGGAUCCUACAGAUCAUGAGACAUGGGAAUCGCGUUACAUGUUGUUGUUAUGGCUUUCUAUGACUUGCCUAAUACCCUUUGACCUUUCACGCUUGGAUGGAAACCUCUCCACUGCCACUGGUGAGAAACGCCAGUCAACCAUGGAUAUGAUUCUGGAAGUCGCCAAAUCUUACCUGGUGGUGAGUGACAAAUCUCGCGAUGCUGCGGCUGUCCUUGUUUCAAAGUUUGUUACACGCCCUGAUGUGAAACUUAAACGCAUGGCAGAUUUCUUAGACUGGACCCUGUCGACAUUAUCCAGAGCCAACUAUCUGACCAUGGAGGGUAUCAUAACUAUGGAUGGAAUGCUGCGGGCACUGGCUCAGAUCUUCAAACAUGGAAAGAGAGGGGACUGUUUGCCAUACGCAUCCACGGUCCUGGCCACACUUGAUACUUGCAAGCUUUCUGAGAGUAACCAGACCAUCCUUCGCAAACUUGGAGUCAAGCUCGUUCAACGCCUUGGACUCACGUUCUUGAAAACGAAAGUGGCAAAUUGGAGGUAUCAACGAGGGUGUAGGUCUUUGGCAGCCAACCUAAUGCAGACUUCAUCUGAUGCCCAAAAAGAAAGUGUUAACAUGCUAGAGGAGGAUGACGAGGAUUACGAUAUUCCCGAGGAGAUUGAGAAUGUUAUUGAGCAGUUGCUGGUUGGCCUUAAGGACAAAGACACCAUUGUCAGAUGGUCCGCGGCAAAGGGGAUCGGCAGAAUAACUGGCAGACUACCAAAAGACUUGGCAGACGAUGUUGUUGGAUCUGUUCUUGACUGUUUUAGUUUCAAGGAAACAAACAAUGCGUGGCAUGGUGGCUGCUUGGCGCUGGCAGAACUAGGACGACGAGGGUUGUUGCUUCCUUCACGACUCCCAGACGUUGUUCCUGUGAUCCUGAAGGCCCUGGUCUAUGAUGAGAAGCGUGGAGCCUGCAGUGUGGGUUCCAAUGUAAGAGAUGCAGCAUGUUAUGUGUGUUGGGCCUUCGCUCGCGCCUACGACCCCCUUGAAAUGACGCCCUUUGUAAAUCAAAUCGCCAGUGCACUGUUGGUUGCAGCGGUGUUUGACCGCGAUGUGAAUUGCAGAAGGGCAGCCUCUGCAGCCUUCCAGGAGAAUGUGGGACGACAGGGUACGUUCCCACACGGCAUUGAUAUUGUUACCACAGCAGAUUAUUUUUCAGUUGGAAGCCGAGCAAAUUGUUAUUUGAAUAUAAGUGUGUACGUUGCUGGCUUCCCAGAGUACUCCAACUCGAUGAUAGAUCACCUUGCGGAAAUGAAAAUUAAUCACUGGGACAGUGUUAUACGCGAGCUGUCAACCAAAGCUUUGCAUAAUCUCACGCCCAUUGCGCCAGAUUAUAUGAGGAGCAACGUGUUGCCGCGGCUCCUUCCCUUGGCCACAGGAUCGGACUUGCAUACUCGUCACGGUGCAAUCUUGGCCUGCGCAGAGAUCACGCACGCCUUGUACAAGCUCACUGUAAAAAAUGACAGACCAGUGACUGAUUACUUGGACAAUGAAACCUUAUUGGGAUUAAUCAACAUCAAUCAAAAGCUCCAGGACCGCCAGUUAUACAGGGGUUUGGGCGGAGAGCUAAUGCGACCCGCAGUCUGCUGUUUGAUUGAAAAACUAUCCCUGUCUGAAAUACCCCAUCCAGGAAAUGCUGUUGGUGGAUGGCAGUUGCUGAUUAAUGACACUUUAAAAAGUCUUUACAUGGUUUCCACUUCUUCUAGACCCGUAAUAAAGGAAGCUGCUGUAACAGCCCUGUCUGCCUUGUGCAGUGCGUUUUAUCAGGAGCAGGCUGGAGAAGUCAGACCUGUUGUACAAGAUGAGAUCGUAAAACACUUCAUCACAGAGCUGGAGAGUGCCGAGGAGAUGACACGCUGUGGGUUUUCAUUGGCCCUCGGGGCCCUUCCUCGGUUUAUGCUGAGAAGCAAGCUCCAGCAGGUUUUGGAAGGAUUAAGGAAAGUUACCCUCAUUACUGGUAAAAAUGCCAGCUUUGCAGAAUCUAGACGGGAUGCCCUGAAAGCCAUCGCUCUGGUUUGUCAGACAGUUGGAGUCCAAGCAGACGGAUCCCAGGAUGAUGUUGUGUGCAGAGAGAAUGUCUCCCUUAUAUAUAAUACACUGUUGGAAUGCAUGUCUGACUACACGACAGACAGCCGGGGAGAUGUCGGAGUCUGGGUCCGUGAAGCAGCAAUGGAGAGUCUGAUGAACAUUACAUUAUUACUGGCACAGAGUGAGCCCAUCCUUAUAGAAGAAGACUUCUGCCAGAGGCUGAUGUGCUCCCUGGCGCAACAGUCAGCUGAGAAAAUCGAUAGAUUCCGAGCGCACACAGCCUCCGUGUUUCUAAAUCUCGUCUACUUUAACAAUCCACCAAUCCCACAUAUUCCACAUCGAGAAGAUCUAGAGAGGAUUUUCCCAAGAUCACAGGCAGAUUCUCUGAACUGGGCUGCUCCAUCACAAGCCUUCCCUAAAGUCACACAGCUUUUGGCUUUACCUGCGUAUCGAUACCAUGUACUGAUGGGUCUCACGGUGUCUGUUGGUGGAUUAACUGAAUCGACAGUGAGAUACUCUGCCCAGAGCCUGUUUGAUUAUCUGCGUUUGAUCCAAAGUGAUGCAGAGUCUAUGGAAUCUUUCUCCAACACCAUCCUGCAGAUCUUCAGGGAUAACCAGCGCAAUGAGAGAGUUUCCAUCCCACUUAUGAAGAUGUUGGACCAGAUGUUGGCAAAUGGCUGCUUCGAGAUAUUCGUCCUGGAGGAGAAUCAUCCGUUCGCCGUGCAGCUCCUAUCGCUCACUAAGGAGGAGAUCAAAAAAACAAAAAAUGUCCAGAAGCUGCGGUCCAGUAUAUCUGUGUUCUGCGGCCUGAUCCAGUUUCCCGGGGAGAUCCGGAAGAAAAUCUUGUUUGAGUUGCUCCUCCUGCUCUGCCAUCCAUUUCCUAUUAUAAGAAAAAACACAGCCAGUGAGAUCUAUGAGAUGCUCCUUACGUACGAUGAUGUCAUAGAGGCAGAUAUUCUGGAUGAUGUCAUGUCUGUGCUGAGUGACACAAACUGGGAUGCCGAAUUGCAAAGUUUACGGGAAAAGCGGAAUUAUCUGUGUGACUUGAUGAAUGUACCUAAACCUACAUUGGUGUCCAAGGUAGCAAAGUCCUGAAAACUAACAAUCUCUUUGAAGUAUUUCCUAGCUAUUCUAUAUUUAAUACAAGAAGAAUCACUUCUUAACAGUUUGUGAACUAAACCCUUCGUUUGAAAUCAUUCCAUGCAAUUCCAACAUUGUCCAGUAGAAGGCGCUGUGUUUGCAUGAGAUCACCAAGUGCAAUCUGUAAUCUUAUAUCAUGAAAUAAAGUCCGUUGUAUAUGAA